CGAGGCCGAGGGUACCGGAGCUCACUCGCCUGCUGGCGGCUGCCAGUGCCCGGUGGUCCGGCCGCUGAGCUGGCCUCGGCUGCCUCUCCGGGCCCCACCCAUCAUGAGACGCGCGCUCCCCCUGCUCCUUUUCUCCCUGGUUGCCCUUUGCGGGCCCGGGGACGGCCGCGUGGCCAACGCUGAGGAGAAGCUCAUGGACGACCUUCUGAACAAAACCCACUACAACAGCCUGAUCCGCCCAGCCACCAGCUCCUCCCAGCUCAUCUCCAUCCAGCUGCAGCUCACCCUGGCCCAGCUCAUCAGCGUGAAUGAACGAGAACAGAUCAUGACCACCAACGUCUGGCUGAAACAGGAGUGGACGGACUACCGCCUGGCCUGGAACAGCUCCCGCUACGAGGGCGUGAACAUCCUGAGGAUCCCCGCGAAGCGCGUCUGGCUGCCUGACAUCGUGCUUUACAACAACGCUGAUGGGACAUACGAGGUGUCUCUCUACACCAACGUGGUGGUCCGCUCCAAUGGCAGCAUCCUGUGGCUGCCCCCUGCCAUCUGCAAGAGUGCCUGCAAGAUCGAGGUGAAGCAUUUCCCCUUCGAUCAGCAAAACUGCACCCUCAAGUUCCGCUCCUGGACCUACGACCACACGGAGAUCGACAUGGUCCUCAAGUCGCCCACCGCCAGCAUGGAUGACUUCACACCCAGUGGUGAAUGGGACAUAGUGGCCCUCCCCGGGCGAAGGAAUGUGAACCCGCAGGACCCCAGCUAUGUGGACGUGACUUACCACUUCAUCAUCAAGCGCAAGCCCCUCUUCUACACCGUCAACCUCAUCAUCCCCUGCGUGCUCAUCACCUCGCUGGCCAUCCUCGUCUUCUACCUGCCGUCCGACUGUGGCGAGAAGAUGACGCUGUGCAUCUCUGUGCUGCUGGCGCUCACCGUCUUCCUGCUGCUCAUCUCCAAGAUCGUGCCACCCACCUCCCUCGAUGUGCCACUCAUCGGCAAAUACCUCAUGUUCACCAUGGUGCUGGUCACCUUCUCCAUUGUCACCAGCGUCUGUGUGCUCAAUGUGCACCACCGCUCACCCAGCACACACACCAUGGCGCCUUGGGUCAAGCGCUGCUUCCUGCACAAGCUGCCCACCUUACUCUUCAUGAAGCGCCCCUACAGCAGUCCUUCCAGAGUCCCCCAGCCCAGCCAGGCUCGCCUGACCAAGUCUGAGGCCACCGCCACCACCUCGGCCACGGGCCCCACCAGCUCCUCCAACCUCUACAGGAACUCCAUGUACUUUGUGAAUCCUGCCUCUGCAGCAACCAAGUCUCCAGCCGGCUCCGGCUCGGCGGGUAUCCCCAGGGAUUUCCGGCUGAGGUCUUCUGGGAGGUUCCAGCAAGAUGUGCAGGAGGCUUUAGAGGGCGUCAGCUUCAUUGCGCAGCACAUAGAGAGUGACGAUCAAGACCAGAGUGUCAUCGAGGACUGGAAGUACGUGGCCAUGGUGGUGGACCGGCUGUUCCUGUGGGUUUUCGUGGUUGUGUGCGUGCUCGGCACUGUGGGCCUCUUCCUACCGCCCCUCUUUCAGACCCACACACCUUCCGAGGGGCCCUAGGCUGUCUCGCAUGUCUAAGGCCCCCAGCCUGUGGGGCACGGUGAUGUGAGUGGCCAGGUGGACAGUUUGCUGCUCCCUUCUGGCUCUCGGCUGAAGAGGCCCUGAACAAAUGAUUCUGUCAGUCCCAUCAUACAGCCAUGGCCAUGGGAGGAGCAAGGAUGUGGGGCCUGGACUGUCCUCUGUGAAGGCCUUGGAGGAGCCCCAAGAAAUCCCCGCAGGAGGGUCUCCGGACACCUGAAUUCUGGCCUGUCUUCCUUCCCUGAGGCAGGCUCUGGGGAUAAAGAUCAGCAUAACUAGAGCAUCCACUGUGUGCCAGGCAUCUUGCCUGCAGCCCACCCCACCUCUCACUCCAUCUCCCUCCACUCCUCCUUGUCCACUAGGUUCAACGAGCUUCUUUUAGUCCUUCACAUGCUUCAAGAUCUUCCCAGCUUAGAGCCUCUGCACUGGCUGUACGUCCUACCCGAACCUUCUUCUCCUGAUGCCUCCUAAGCUCUUCUUACGGCUGCAUCAUUCAGGCCUCUGUUCCUAUCAGUUAUUUGUCCAGUGUCACCUUCCCCAGUCACUCAUUCCAAAGCAUUCUCCCCCACAGCCAUGUUACCUUCCUCCAGCGCCUCUCGGUACCCGAGGCUUUCAUUUGGCAGCGUUGUUUAUUGUCCACAUCUCACCCACUAGAGUGUGAGCUCCCUGAGAGCAGGGACCUGGCCCUUGGUGUUUGCUGCAGUAU